AACACAGCUAAAGCAUAUAUGUCCCAUCUUCCCCCUCAGCAGAAGCACCUACCCGUGUUUACGAUGAAGGCAGUGUAGUUAUUUCUAGACGCUUUGUCACAGAAGCUAUGACGCGCAUGAACUACAUUACCCAGAAUGCUCUGCUCUAGCCUACAGUGCAUUCUGCUGCUUAUCCGGGGAUGUCACACCGCUGCUAUUUUCUCCCCUCAGUCCCUCUCACUCUCAGCCUACAGCUCCAGAGCUCUGGACAGACAGAGACAAUAAGAGACUCAGCUGAAGCCCAACAUGGCAGAGCUCGCAGCGGGAAGCCUGCCAUUAGGAGAUCCUGCUUUUAAUUACCAGGAACACGAGCUGAACGAGCGACUGAAGCGGAUCUACCCGGCUGUGAACGAGGAAGAGACCCCUUUACCCCGAUCCUGGAGCCCCAAGGAUAAAUACAGCUACAUCGGGCUGUCACAGAACAACCUGCGGGUCCACUAUAAAGGCCACGGAAAGAACCACAAGGACGCAGCGUCAGUACGAGCCACACACCCGAUCCCUGCCGCCUGCGGGAUCUACUACUUUGAAGUCAAGAUUGUCAGCAAAGGUCGAGAUGGAUACAUGGGCAUCGGCCUGUCUGCUCAGGGAGUCAACAUGAACAGACUGCCUGGAUGGGACAAGCAUUCAUACGGAUACCACGGGGAUGACGGCCACUCCUUCUGCUCCUCUGGGACCGGGCAGCCGUAUGGCCCGACAUUCACCACCGGGGAUGUCAUCGGCUGCUGUGUUAACCUCAUCAACAACACUUGCUUUUACACCAAAAAUGGGAUCAGUUUGGGUGUGGCGUUCACAGACCUCCCUCCCAAUUUGUACCCGACAGUAGGGCUUCAAACUCCAGGUGAGAUCGUGGAUGCUAACUUUGGCCAGCAGCCGUUUGUCUUUGACAUCGAGGACUACAUGAGCGAAUGGAGGGCAAAGAUCCACAGCAUGAUCGCCCGCUUCCCCAUAGGAGAGAGGCUUGGGGAGUGGCAGGCCAUCCUGCAGAAUAUGGUGUCCAGCUAUCUGGUGCAUCAUGGGUACUGUGCCACUGCAACAGCCUUCGCCAGAGCCACAGAGACCAUGAUACAAGAGGACCAGACAUCUAUAAAGAACAGGCAGAGAAUACAGAAGCUGGUGUUGGCAGGGCGGGUGGGUGAAGCCAUAGAAGCUACUCAGCAACUCUAUCCCGGCCUGUUAGAACACAACCCCAACCUACUAUUCAUGUUGAAGUGUCGUCAGUUUGUGGAGAUGGUGAAUGGGACAGACAGUGAGGUCUGCUGCUUGACCAUCCGCUCACCCAAGUCCCAAGAUAGCUAUCCUGGCUCACCCAGCCUCAGCCCCCGCCAUGGCACCAGCAUCACACACCUGCACACAGGAGGGGCAGACAGCCCCACCUGCAGUAAUGGGGUGACCCCCUCCAACAAAUCAAAGAGCCACAGCGGCACCGGCGGCGGCAGCAGCAGCGUCAAAUACCCCAGCGUGUCCUCCUCCAACUCAUCCUCGACCUCCUCCUCCCCUUCCUCCGUCAACUACUCUGAGUCCAACUCCUCUGACUCCACAAAGAGCCAGCCUCACAGUGCCAACAGCACCCAGGAAACCAGUGACAGCGACAUGGAAAUUGAAGCAGAGCACUACACAAACGGGGUUGUUGAGGGCUCCUCAACCCGGAUCAUGAAUGGCACUUACAAACAUGAAGAAAUCCUUCAGCCGGAUGACAACAGCAUCGGCAACGGGGUCACAGAGGAGGGCUGGAGUAAUGGUAGACAGCUCUGUGGAGGGAACCAGGCGGCCACGGAGAGGAUGAUCCAGUUCGGACGGGAGCUGCAGGCGCUCAGUGAGCAGCUGUGCCGCGAGUACGGCAAGAACGCCACACACAAGAAGAUGUUACAGGAUGCAUUCAGCCUACUCGCUUACUCAGACCCCUGGAACUGCCCCGUGGGCCAGCAGCUAGACCCUACACAGAGAGAAUCACUCUGCUCCGCACUCAACAGUGCCAUACUGGAGUCUCAAAAUCUGCCCAAGCAGCCUCCACUGAUGUUAGCACUCGGCCAGGCCACAGAGUGUGUUCAGCUCAUGGCCCGAGUCCGGUCUGGUUCUUGCUCUUUCGCCAGAAUAGACAACUUUUUGCACUAGCCCAGGUCCAGGUUCAUGUUCAGUAGCACUGGGGGAACGCUUGUCCAGCAGGUAGUUGUCAUGAUGCUGACAGAGGAAACAGCGAGCGUGUGAGUGGUGUGUUAGGCCGUCUGCCACACCGAGCCAGCGGUAUAAACAGAAGCAGAGGAGAGCGGGAAAGAAGAAAGCUUCCUUUUAAUUUAGUAUUAUCAAAUAAAGAAAUGUGUGACACUAUUUAAAGAUAAUUAUUAUUAUUCUGUUUAUCUAGCCUUUUUUAUAGUUCUGUUUUUAUCACUUUGUUGUGCUCAUUCUGGACAAAAACAAACUUCCCCUGUUCUUUUUGCUUCUGUUGUAACGGGUGCGUUUUGAUCCCCUAAGUUCAGUGUUUCACUCGCGUUGUUAUUGUUCACCAUACCACAGACCAUAAUACCCUCAUCUGAUGAACCCCAGUUUCAUCUGUCAUCUAACGACCUAGGUCUCCUAAAGCAUCCACGUUCAUUUCUUCAGAUACACGUGUGAGGAUGAAGAGUGCUUAGCAUUAAAACAGCUGGAACAUU